ACGAAUCGAAUAUGCAAAUGCUUUAUCAAACAAAAGUGUUGCUGCAAUUGUUGAAGAAGUCCCAUACAUCAAUGUAUUUCUAAAACUGUUUUGUAGUCAGUUCGCUAUGGCUGGAUCAACUAUUAGAACCGGAGGAUUUGGCUUUGCAUUUCCCCAAAACUCUCCUUUGCUAUCUAAUUUGUCUGGUGAAAUUUUGAGAAUUAGGGAAGGAAAACAGAUGGAUGAUAUCGAGAAUAAAUAUUUUGGGCAUGAAACAUGUCUUAACCCUUCUAACAAUAUUACAUCAAACGCAUUAGACAUUAAUGACUUUCGCGCCAUCUUCAUCACCAUGGCAGCAGCUUCCGGCUUAGCCAUGUUUUCAUAUUUUUGCUCAAACUUAUAUGCUUCACCAAAGGUUGAGGGAAAUAGAGAAAUUGAACCUAAUGCUCAGGGAAAUAGAGAAAUUCAACCUAAUGCUGAGGGCAAUAGAGAAAUUCAACUUAGCAGAGUGUUACAACCAUGAUGGAGAUUUUAUAUGCCCCCAGGGUCUAUUACGGAUUGUAAACUGCUUUAUUAUGAGUUAAGUUUUAGUUUUUAGUACAAU